CUCAAUCUCACAAAUCGACAAUCGGCGUCCCUCGGCGGUGUGUGCGAGCCAUGAUGGAGACACAAGCGACGCCACCGCCAAUGCCACCACUGCGACCACUUUACAAGCAGAUGUCGUGGUCGCUGGACGUAGAGCGUGAGGAGGCGUGGUUGAGGCGGAAGGGAAACCACAAGAAAGGACUGAAACGAAGCAAAAGCGUAACUGUUUGGGCAGCUUCGCAGUCCAACACUGUUGAAGUCCUUAGCUGUUUCUACACCUGAAAAUCCCGAGGUUGUUUUCUCGGGG